AUGGAAAGUGAUGACCAACACAAGAUUGACUCGAAAAAGAAAAUGCCUAUCAGCAAGAAGUCCGGAAGACGCUGGAGAUCGUGUAAGAGAGAAUCACCAUCGAGUAGCCGAUUCUACAAAACCAGAAUCCGUCGCCACAAAGCUAACGCCAGAGAAAGAAACCGGAUGCAUAGUCUCAAUGCUGCUCUAGACGCUUUACGAGAACGCAUACCCAUCCAGAAGAAAUCUCAGAAACUUUCCAAAAUCGAGACUUUAAGGUUGGCCAGGAAUUAUAUAGUAGCUUUGUCGGAAACCUUGAAAGACAGCACGAGGAUGGACGCUUUAGCAUUUACGAGAAUACUCUCCAGGCAAAUGUCUACUCCUACCAUCAAGAAUAUUGCGAAUAGUUUCAACGUUGACUGCAGCUUUCUGACAACGGAUAAACCCAAGUCCAGAAAGCAGACUUUGUCAACUUUAUAUUUCACUGGAGCCUUUGAUUUGAUUAGCGACACGGAUUCAAAUUUCGGAUUAAAUCUCUUCGAUGAUCGUCAAAUCAACAUAUUUUCCAAUGAAAGCAUGGCACUUCCUGCACCCUUUUCAAUAUUAAGUGUGAAUAAUUCCUGCAAUCCUGGAGAAUUAUCUCUACCUGGAAUUAAUUAUGUUCAUGAUCCGAAAUUAUGUUCGGAAACUGUUGAAACCGUACCGUUUCAGAAAGAAAUAACAUCGGAACAGCUUCUGUCAGUAACAGAACAGGAUUGCUUAAAAAUAGAUUCUUGUGAUUUGGAAUUUGACAGUUUCGAAGUGUAA